ACAAUACAAUACAAUGAGCAUGUUUAGCACAAACAUACAUGGGUCGUUCGUAAGAUAAUCCGUAACAACUUAAAUUCCGUGUGCACAUUUGUUAGGCCAUUUCAGCUAUGUUUUCGGUGUGACGUCAUUCAUGGGGUGCAACCACUGAACUGGAAAUCGUUUUUCCAGUUCAGUGGGUGCAACCAUGAGAGGUGGAAACCUUAGGUCUAUUUCUUUAAGGCCACUCGAUCGUUGUCGACGGGAUCCAUAGUCUAAAUGUGUGAACGUGCAUGGGCAUCACAUUCUUUGAUCUCAAACCAGUAAUACAGAAGGUAGUAUUAGGCAUAAUAUCGGAAAGUCACUGUUUUUGUCAUAUAUUGCCCAACUUAGCAGGAGUAAUUGGGGGUUUCGACAACUGGCGAGAGAAGUGUUGCCUUCCAAAAAUGUCUACAGCUAAAGAGCCUGUCAAGGGAUGGGACGGGAUACCGUCAUUCCUCCUCGCCGAAGCUCCGGCGCAUGUUGCCAAAAAUUGCUACGAGUAUGACAGCAUCGUCAUGAGCUUCUUCUUCACUAAAAAGUGCAUUGGGCAGACCAAGACUUUCAAGCUACGCUCAGAUGACUUAUUCAUCAUCACUUAUCCUAAGACAGGAACAACAUGGGCUCAGCAGAUCAUGAUGCUUGUUCAGGUUGAAGCCGACCUGUCUUUCUUCGAGGGGAAACACAUCUCUAAAAUGGUUCCAUUCUUAGAAGUUCCUGAUGUUCCAGAUGCAGGGGUGUUUAAGACAAUGGAAGAAAUAAACGAGGCACCAACGUGCGCUGAAGCUGCAGACGCAAUGCCAACCGAUACACCUCGGAUACUAAAAACACACUUGGUCCAAAGAUGGCUCCCUGGCGGACUCCAAGAUAAUCCCCAGGCGAAGGUUGUGUACGUGGCCAGAAACCCAAAGGACACGGCUGUCUCUUACUUUCACUUUUGUGAACUAAUCAAAGAGCUACCAAAAUACGUGUCGUGGGACGAGUUCUUCGAAGAGUUCCUCGCUGGAAGGGUUCCUUAUGGUUCGUAUUUCGAUCACAUCCUCCCUUGGUGGAAGCUUAGAAACCACCCUAAUGUUCUCUUCCUCACCUAUGAAGAUAUGAAAAAGGACUCUAGGAAAGCGGUAGUUCAGAUCGCCGAGUUCAUGGGGAAAUCUUUACCAGACGACAUCAUCGACCGUAUCGUCGAAGCGUCAAGUUUCAAGUUCAUGAAGAGUAACAAGACAACAAACCCCGACGUUGCUUAUGAAGACGAAAUGGACACAUCAAACAAGAAGUCAUUCAUGCGUAAAGGUAUGGUCGGAGAUUGGAAGAACUACUUUACAGAGGAUCAAAAUCGUCGGAUUGAUCAACUCUAUCAAGAAAAAAUGGCCGGAUCAGGACUUGAAUUCAGAUUUGAAUAACCAUAAUCAGAAUAAUUCAGAAUUAAUUUCUUUUGUUAUUAUUCAUUGGAAAUUCCCCUGUAGGCUUAAUUGUCGGUAUAUUUUUUCUGAUUUCAAAUAUAAGAAUAUUGUUUGGAAGAGUCUUCUAUAUCAAAGUUUUUACAAAGCCUAUCAUUUUCUUUUAUUUCUCAAUCUAAACUUACUCAUAUUGGCCUAAAUUGUUAAGGCCUUGAGUCCCACUUUCGUGUUUGUGUUUAAAACCCGUUAUGUUACUUUUUUAUUGUGAUGGGUCAAUUUCAUGGUAGUCAUCAUUUUGUUUUGAUAAAAAUCGCCAUCAGGGAUAUCUAAAAGAAACUCAUAGAAUUUUCUUAUUAUUUUGCUAAAUUUAUAUCGUAUUAUUACCCUUGUAUAAAAUUUCGAUAGAGGGUUCAUCUUAAAAGCUUUGCUUUUCAGUAUAGGCCCAUCCACUUUUUUCUUUAAUUGGUACUUUCAAAACUGAAUAUAUUAUACAGUUUUUUUUUUUUCAUUGGAAAUGAUUUGUUACGAUUUGAUGAUUUGUUACUUUGAGGAUGUGUGGAAUAUGAAUAUAUGAAUAAACAAAUAAAUAAAAAUCAAAGGGAAUAGGAAAUCGAAAAACAAAGCUUCAGCCCCAUGAUUUAGCAGUUAUGUAAACCGAAUUUCUAUACUGAAUUUAUAUGUAUUUUAUGCUAUGAUUUUACCGUUAAAUCACAUUUGAAUAUCCUUGUUCGUAUAUUUAUGAUGGCUGCGGGACUUAAAAAAAGUAUACAAGAAGGAGGAAGCAAAAUAAUUUAUAUAGGGGUUAAAAACUUAUGUAUAGCUGAUUGAAAAACAAUCUAAAUGGCUUAUCCUAUCUAAGUUAAAUCUUGAUGCAGGAUGUACAACAGACCUUUUAACCAUGCUUAACCCUAACUAGCCGGGGUAUAGGGGCUUCCAAUCCCCCCCCCCCCCCCCACCUCUCGAUGUUGCUUUGCACGAUAAGUCUUUUGUGAAUCACACAUGUAUGGCUAUUCAAUUUCUUUUAAAAACGAUAAAAAAGAGAGAAGCACAGAGGAAAUUUUAUUUGCUAUCUUUAUUUUUUUUUACAAGAAAGCCCAAAGACCUUCUGGACUAAAAAAAAUAGCAUGCAUGCUCUUGAUUUAUGGCAGAAAAGGUGGUUUCAUAAAUGAAUAUAUUUCAAUGCCUUAAUUAGUGACAGAUUGUUAAAACCUGAGAAAUGAGUUUGUAUUUUUUUUAUAUAGAAUUUGCAAGUACCAUACGUAUACUGAAAUAAUUUGAUCAUCAUUAAGCUAUGUAUAUGUACCUCAAUAUGAAUAUAAUGUAGUACUAUAAUCAUUGAAAAUGUAUUUAUAUAUAUCUUUCAGUUUCGAAACGGGAUUAUAGUAGUGAUGUAAUUUUAAAAAUAUAUAUUUUAAAACCAGCUUUGCCACAAUAGUUAUGCUGAAAUGAGCGAUUGUGUAUCGCAUAAUAAAAAAAUUCCAUUUAUUUUCAUGUCAA